CAGCCAGUAGGUCCCGCCCCUUUGAGAGAUGGCCUCCAACUUUAAUGACAUCGUCAAGCAAGGCUACGUACGCAUGCGCAGCCGCAAGCUGGGGAUUUAUCGACGUUGUUGGCUGGUUUUUAAGAAGUCAUCCAGUAAAGGGCCUCGCCGGCUGGAGAAAUAUCCUGAUGAGAAGUCUGCCUACAUCAGAGCUUGUCCCAAGGUGACAGAGAUCAGCAACGUGAAGAAUGUGACACGGCUGCCCCGGGAUACCAAACGACAAGCUGUGGCCAUUGUGUUUACAGAUGACACCUCACGUACCUUCACCUGUGAAUCAGAACUGGAGGCAGAAGAGUGGUUGAAGACUCUGUCAGUCGAAUGUCUGGGGACCCGCCUCAAUGACAUUAGUAUGGGAGAGCCUGACCUUCUGGCAGCCGGAGUGCAGUGUGAACACACUGAGCGCUUCAAUGUGUUCCUUCUCCCCUGCCCUAACUUGGACAUCUAUGGAGAGUGUAUGAUGCAGAUCACCCAUGAAAACAUCUACCUGUGGGACAUCCACAACCCUCGCACCAAGCUGGUCACAUGGCCCCUCUGUUCUCUGCGCAGAUACGGCCGGGAUGCCACCCGCUUCACCUUCGAGGCUGGACGGAUGUGCGACAGCGGCGAGGGUCUUUAUACAUUUCAGACCAGGGAAGGAGAGCAGAUCUACCAGCGGGUCCACUCCUCCACACUGGCCAUUGCAGAGCAGCACAAAAAAGUCCUGUUAGAAAUGGAGAAAAACAGCAGGUUAAUGUCUAAGAGUUCGGAGGCAGGCUCUUAUCCCUGCACUCCCACCGCCAUCCUGCCACGUUCUGCAUUCUGGCAUCACAUCAAUGGCAACCAGGCUGGCAUGGAGCCCAGCAAUGGUGAUUCUUCUGAAGAUGACCUCCUCUCCUCUCGCCUGCUGCCUGACCACCACGCCACCCUGCCCCUGGCACAUACACACUCCCAGACGCAGCCACGCACACACUCCCCGACACACCACCUCACCUUCCCCGGACAGUGA